AUGAUCACCGUCUUUGCAUUUGUCGGCUACUUUCAAGUUGCUGUCUUCUCCGCCCUACGCGUCUUUGCGAUUACCGGCGGAUACCGUAUGCUAACAGCGCUGACCCUAGGAUUGGGCCUUACACCUAUUGGAACUAAUGUGGUUGGUGUCAAGAUAUUGUGA